AUGGCAGGCUCGACAAAGGCAGCGCUGCAUAAAUACGGGGGUGGAUUUCGUUCCUCAGGGACAACCCGCUUUGCUCCCCCGAACAUGGUGUCUUGGAACUCCCUUCUCGUUACCUGUCUUGCUGCCGCUGGUGCCUUUGCCACCGAGGUCGUUGAGCGUGAUGAGACCAAGCAGCUGAUGUCCCGCUCGACACCCAGCUCGACUGGCUACAACAACGGAUACUAUUACUCCUUCUGGACGGACGGCGCUGGAAACGUCAACUAUUCCAACGGCGCUGGUGGCUCUUACAGCGUAACGUGGUCCGGUAACGGUAACUGGGUCGGUGGUAAGGGAUGGAACCCAGGAUCUGCUCAAGCCAUCUCGUAUACUGCCGACUACCGCCCAAACGGCAACAGCUACUUGUCCGUCUACGGUUGGACGACGAACCCUCUUAUCGAGUACUAUAUUGUUGAAAGUUACGGCACGUACAACCCCUCGAGCGCCGCCUCGAAGAAGGGUACGGUCAACUCGGAUGGUGGAACCUACGAUAUCCUCACCACCCAGCGUGUCAACCAGCCUUCUAUCCUUGGAACUUCGACGUUUAAUCAGUACUGGUCCGUCCGCCAAUCCCACCGAACGAGCGGAACGGUCACCACGUCGAACCAUUUCAACGCAUGGAGGCAAUACAAUAUGAACCUUGGCUCGCACAACUAUCAGAUUCUUGCCACCGAGGGAUACUUUAGCAGUGGUUCAGCUACCGUCACCGUCGGCUCCGGAACUGCCCAGACUUCGCAGCAACAAACCUCGCAGCAGCAGACAUCUCAGCAGCAGACGUCUCAGCAACAGACCAGCAGUCAGAAUAAUGGCAACGGAGGUGGAAGCUGCUCGGCUAUCUGGGGCCAAUGUGGCGGCCAGGGCUGGAAUGGGCCUACUUGCUGCCAGAGUGGCACGACCUGCAAGUACUCGAACCCAUGGUACUCUCAGUGCCUCUAA